AUGAGCCCCAAAGAUGAGAAGAAACCGCUAUUGGCUAACAGAAAUGCCGACAAUUCCCAGCUCGAAAAAGAAAAUUUUACCCGUUACCGGAGUCUGGAACAUUCCAACGGAACGGGUACCAACAAACAAGUUAACCAAAGCAUCACAUAUACGUGGACUAAUAUGAAUGUGUACACCAAAAACGGCAAAAGUCAAAACGUUUACGAUACAUUCACGUCAUGCUGUUCGGGGAGUCUGAAAAACAGGACUGAGAAAAAACAACUAUUAAACAAUGUGAGUGGUUCGGCGCGACCUGGCGAACUACUGGCGCUGAUGGGAUCCAGUGGCGCCGGUAAAACGACCUUAUUGAACUCACUAACAUUUAGGAGCAACCGAAACGUGAUGGAAUCUGGAGUUAGAUCCAUUAACGGCAUACCGGUCAACAGUAAAUUAUUAACGGCCGUUUCCGCAUACGUCCAACAAAACGACCUGUUCAUAGGUACGCUCACAGUCCGAGAGCACUUAAUAUUCCAGGCAAUGGUGCGAAUGGACCGAGACAUACCAUACGAAAAACGAAUGGCUCGAGUUGAAGAUGUUAUACAAGAAUUGUCAUUAAGUAAAUGUCAAAACACUAUCAUCGGUGUGAUCGGCAGAAUAAAAGGUUUAUCCGGUGGUGAAAUGAAACGUUUGUCGUUUGCUUCCGAGGUGUUAACAGACCCUCCGCUGAUGUUCUGCGACGAACCGACUUCGGGACUGGACUCGUACAUGGCUCAAAACGUGGUUAGCGUGCUCAAGUCAAUGGCGUCCAAAGGCAAAACAAUCAUUUGCACCAUUCACCAGCCGUCCUCUGAGGUUUACUCCAUGUUCGACAAAAUAUUAUUGCUGGCCAAUGGCCGAACAGCUUUCCUGGGUUCUACCAACGAUGCCAUAGAAUUUUUCAAAACGCUCGGCGUCAGCUGCCCGAAGAACCACAACCCGGCGGAUUUUUUCAUUCAACUGCUGGCCAUCGUACCAUCCCAAGAAAUGUGCUCAUUCGAAACUAUCGACACUGUUUGUGAGGCCUACGAGAACUCGAGCUACAAGAAUGACAUGAUUGAACACCAAAAACAGUUGUUCGCCGCCAGCAAAAGCUCGUUAGACUAUUGGGGCUUGAGUGGUCUAGAGAACGUCUCGUCGCCGUACAAAGCAUCGUGGAUGGAACAGUUUUCGGCAGUCUUCUGGCGGUCAUGGCUCAGUAUCAAAAAGGAACCAGCACUCACCAAAAUUAGGAUCAUCCAAACAUUGUUAGUAGCCGCUUUGAUAAGUUUCAUAUUCUACAACCAGCACCUGGACCAAGACGGCGUAAUGAACAUUAACGGAGCGCUGUUCAUGUGUAUAUCUAACAUGACGUUCCAGAACGUGUUGGCCGUUAUUAACGUAUUCUGUUCCGAGCUUCCGGUAUUCAUGCGCGAACAUCACAGCGGCAUGUACCGAACGGACGUGUACUUCUUGAGCAAAACCCUCGCCGAGGUACCGAUAUUCUUAAUCAUACCCAUAAUGUUCACGUCAAUCAUGUACUACAUUGUGGGUCUAAACCCAAAGUUCAUACACUUCCUCACGGCCAUCCUUUUCAUAACGCUCGUCAGUCUGGUGGCCGUCUCGUUUGGUUACUUUGUAUCAUGUGCCAGCGGUUCUAUAUCGAUCGCUCUUUCUGUGGGGCCCACGUUCGUCAUACCUUUCCUGCUGUUUGGAGGUUAUUUUUUGAACGUCGGAUCAAUUCCGUAUUAUUUCCGAUGGCUGAGCGUCUUUUCGUGGUUCAAGUACGCCAACGAAGGGCUGCAAGUCAACCAGUGGGCAGACAUCGACGUCAUCAAUUGCAACAGAGCGAACACAACGUGCCCGCGUUCCGGUCAUGCCGUCUUGGAGUCGAACAAUUUUCUAGAGUCAAACAUCACCAUGGACAUAGCUUCAUUAUUUAUACUGAUCAUCGUUUUUCGGUUCAUGGCGUUCUUAUCACUUCUGGUCAGAACGACGAGGAAGUAACACACACGCAAUAAUAUUUUCAACGAUCCUGGGAAUUCAUCACUGCCAUAAAUGCGUACAACACACGAUAUGUUUGUAAAAUCCAUCAAAGGCAAUACACUACUUGAAAUGAAAAGAUAAGUCCAGAGACUAAGGAAAACUAGAUACAUUAAUAUAUUUACAUAGAUUAUGGUCGCUUACGGUUGUGUAUAUAUUGUUCUACAAAACAUUUUAGAAAUAAAAAUAAUGUAAUGUAGUUUUAAUUUAAUUUAAACAAAUUAAUGAAAAAGUUAGGUGUCAUGUCAUUAUUGUGCAUUCAUCAGUAAAAAAUAUUCUAAUUUCUGAAACUUAAUUUCUAUAAUUUAUAACUUGGUACUUAGGUAACUUAAUUUUUUACAUUUUAUUAUUUAUAUUUAAGUAUCAGAGUGACUUAGGGCCGUAGCCACAACGAAUUCCUGUGACGGUUCAUUCCACUCAAAAUCUCAUGUUUUUCUUAUUAGAUAAAUACACUAGAAUUAUGUAUAUAAAAGUUUCCUCCCAUUCGAAUUAAAAUACGGUACUAGUAUUUGGUAUACUAAAAUAAAGUCAAUUGUAUGAUAUUCAAUCUGACUUUCUUUAAUAGUUGCUAUGAUUGUUUUAAGAGUAUAUAUUUUGUUUGUUUGAUGAUUUUUUUUUUUAUUAUUAUUACUAUUAUUACUACUACUAUUAUUAUUACUACAUGUAAUGCAAAACGAUUAAGUUACUGAUUGCACAUUGUUGAAUUAUUAUACAAAAUUUAUAACUAAUGUGUAUUUAUUAAAUUUAUUUAAUGUUGUU